AGUAUGUGAACUGUAUCCUGAGUUGCAGUCUUGUGCCUGCAUUCCUCUCAUCUAGGAUUCGCUUGAAAGAGGAAAAAAAUCAUAAAUAAUAACAGACGCAAAUUGGAAUACGGCGCCGAACCAUCUGUUUUCAAUGAGGACUAACAGUGCAUAGGACGUGAUAUACAUGGAUUUUCGCUGCAUUGUUUGAAUCUUUUUUGAUUUUGCGUGAGCCAUCUAACGUUAUAUACAGGGCAUACAAAUGAGAAGAAAAGUAAAUAGAUAACGUUACGUCGUUUUUAAUUCGCGUUUAACAGGAAAACAAGAUGGCUGAUGAGCGAUAACAAGGGCCAAACGAUAUCGUCUCCUUUAAGAGCAAGAAAGGUAUCUGGCGUUAAUACAUGAAUAUUUUAGGCGAGUUAGCUUGAUCAAAAUAAAAUACGUGACAUCAGGUAUUAAAAAUGAAAACGAUCCGUCUCUGGUAAUAAGUGCGGCCAAGUAAACAUCGGGCGAAACAUGGAGAGGGUUUUGGAUAAUUCCUUAAUGUUUAACCAACACAGAUAGCGAGAGAAUAGCUUUACGAUAACAUCUCUGGUCUUUGUUUUUUAUGCUACAACAAAUGUUGACAUACAUAAUGUUCGCGUGAAUUCUACGUUCGUUCAAAGUCGUCUCGCGGCGUAAUCUGUUUCUACGUUUACCGGGUGCCUUUCGUAUAGUUCAAAGGAAACGAAAUCCCAUCGAUACAAGAGCGACAGAGAGAGGCUCAGGUCUACUUUCCGUGCGUAGCGUUCAAAAAAGCUGUUAUUAUUCCAGCAGGGCAAAUAUCAUGUGCCCUGGGCACAAAUCAAAUACGUGAUCGACUGCUUUAGUAAAUGACUAGUGCUUGCGAAAGGACAUCUUCAUUGAACUUCAUGGCGUCACCCUUUUCCUGUUUUAAACUUGGUAAAUGACGAUACGCCACGGACGAUACGCAUUUUGAUUAUGACUCAACUCAUCUCAUCCUGAUGGUGAAUAAUGGCAUGCUUGUUUUUAUUAGCAGCACGGUUACUAUGCAGUAGUCUUUAACCAGUAGGCUAGUUGAAUGAUCUUUUAGCGAAUGGUCAGGCAUCUGUCUCGGUGUCAUCAUUAUGUUAUUGUUUUAUCAUAUUACGAUCAUUUUAAAUCCAAGUAAAUUGCGUUAAAACUUUACACGUAGGCUACGUUUGCUCUCUCUUUAAAUCGACAGGAUUAUAGUUUGUUUUAAAAUAGUUCAUAUUUGGUUAACUAUAUUCAGCAGAAAGGCCUCUCAGCUUAAACCCAACGUUACACAGAAGUGCAAUAAACAAUACGCAAUCGUAUUUCAACGCAAGAUUCCCUUUUCUCGCUCGGCUGCGGUAUUUCAUUACUGACAACUUCGCCAGAAGCAGAGACGCUCGCUUGGCAUGUUUGGGUCUGAUCAACAGCUGUUUCUCAGGACCAUCUGUGCUUGUAUAGUUUUUAUCAACUGAUUUAACAACUGGAUACAUGAAUGGGAUCACGAGAAUGACAGGACGCUGCUAGAACUCGGUAUUUGCCCUUUCACGCGCCGCGCAGCCGGAUGUCAGAUCAAAUGGCCGAGAUGGCGGAGAACUGGAGGAACUGCUUCGAGGAGGAACUCAUUUGUCCCAUAUGUCUGCAUGUGUUCGUGGAGCCAGUGCAGCUGCCCUGCAAACACAACUUCUGCCGAGGCUGCAUCAGUGAGGCCUGGGCAAAGGACACGGCCAACGUGCGCUGUCCUGAGUGCAACCACGCGUACAACCAGAAACCGAAUCUGGAGAAAAACAUCAAACUGAACAACAUCGUGGAAAAGUUUAACGCGCUGAACGUCGAGAAAGCUCCGGCGGUGUUGCAUUGCAUUCUGUGUAGGCGAGGACCUCCUAUUCCAGCGCAGAAAGUGUGUCUUCGUUGUAACGCACCGUGUUGCCAGUCUCAUAUUCAGACACAUCUCCAACAACCCUGUCCGGCUCCUGGCCAUUUACUAGUGGCGGCUGAAGAAGUCAGGGCCUGGAGCUGUCCACACCAUGAUGAAUACAGACUCUAUCAUUGCGAUGUGGAACAGGUGGCUGUCUGCCAAUAUUGCUGCUUCUCCAGAUGUGCACCUAACCACGGCCACGCAGUUUGCGACGUGGAAGUACGACGCAAUGAUAUCAGGCAUAUGUUAAUGAAGCAGCAGGAUCGUAUUGACGAUCGAGUAAAAGACAUCGAGGAGCAGCUGUAUAAGUUGGAGUCUGACAAACUACUGGUGGAGGAUAAGGUACGGCAGCUGAAGGAGGAGGUGCGUGCGCAGUAUCAUAAAAUGCACCAGCUCUUAGAAGACGACCUGGGUAGAACUCUGGAGGUGCUGGAUAAAGCACACUCGAAAUACUGCCAGGAGAAUUCAACCCAAACCCUGCAGCUCAAUGAACGCCGUCAAGAGGCCAAGAAACUGCUCAGCUCCGUCCAAGUCGUGUUCGACAAGGCAGAGAAUAUUAACAUUAUGAAGAACACAAAACCAGUGAAAAUACUAAUGGAUAGAUCACAGUCGUGCUCGGGAAGUGUUUUGCCUCCUUACAAGGUGGGGCAUCUUAAUUCCAAAAUAUUCCUUUCUGAAGUCUCGAAGAAGGAGAAGAACUUGAGAAAAUUACUGGAAGCACCAUUUACCACCCCUUCACACUUCCUCCAGUGCGUUUCUGUCCACCCCUCCACUGCAAAUAACUCUGGGGGUGAGAAACGCAAACACUCCACGGCCUUUCCUGAAAGCAGCGCCGGCCUGCUGGAGUCCUCAUCCGGCCCCAUGAGCAAACAGCAGUUCCUGGGUCAAGGUUCCAGCUCCGCCGAUGGGCCGCCCUCCCAGCCGCCCAUGGUUCCCUGUAGCUCCACCCAGCACAUCGUAGGCCUCAGCAGUAGCAGCGGAGCUCAGUCUGUCCAUCAUUCCAGCUCCGUUUUCACUCCGGCCGACUAUCCCAAUGCCAGCUCGUCCCAGCAGGCCAUGCUGCCCCAAUACGGCGGCCGCAAAAUUCUCAUGUGCACCAUGGACAAUUGCUACUGCUCUAGCGUACCUUCCAUAUCGAACCACCGCGGCCACCCUCCUUACCCGCGCUCUGGAUCUUUCCCUUGGACACAGGAGUACUCGCACCCCCUGCCUUCCGCGCCCUCGAUGUCCCAGCCCCUCCAGGGCCUCUCCAUGCACGACUGGAUCGAUGCCUCGCAAAGUCACAGGCAUCCCGACUUCUAUGGAUUGUAUGGGCAAUCUUCCACUAAACCUUACGUCACCAGUUAACCUUCCACUGCUGUGCAUCUCUGGUUUAUCUCUGAUAACACUUCAUGCGCAGAACUGUUUUGCAUGAUUUUUUUGUUAAAUCAGGCUCAUGAACAUCACAGUUAGGAGUUAAACGUUUUGGCACUUUUUCAUCAUGUAACGCAAGCCUCGAGGCUUUCGAAACACAGAUCUCUUCCAGCUUAAGCAUUUACAAACCUGUCUGUCCCUGUGUAUAGAAAGAUAAGGCAAUCUUUCUAUGAGAAAUGUGCAGGCGGGACCCAACCGAGUUUUUUUAAAAUUCCAAACAGAUUUUGGAUAAUUGCAAAGGCUGCUGACCCGAGCAGAUAAUGAUCUCUUGUAAGAAAGGAGUGAGCUUCUUUCACCUCCCCACUUCCUGUCUUUAGGGUAUCUGGAAUCAUUUAUAUGACGUGGAAAAUGUUCCUUUUCACAUUGCUUUUAAACAUCUUAUAGUUCAUAAUAGUAGAUGGGGAUUGUUGUUAUAAAAAAGGAAUCGCAAAAAGAGGGUUGGGGCACCACCUUGAGAUUUUGGAACUGUGAGACUAGGGUUAGAUGUGUUACAUUCCUGUCAGGCCAGAUUGUUUUUUGUUUAGUUUACAACUAUGUAUUAAUAUAUUUGAUUCAUUUACAGUAGGUUGAAGUCGAUCAAUACAGAAAAUCAAAACGGGUUAAGAAAACAAAGUCUUUUAGAGGUGUCACACAGAGAGAGGUUUCACCAAGCAUGAGCUCUUAACAAAGAAUGUCCAUCUUAUGCAUCUGAAGCACUUCUGGAUUCUGCUUCCUGUUGGAUAACGUUACUUCCUGCAUUCAAGCACACAUUCAAAAAAAAUGUAAAGCAUGUUCAAGAUGAUUGGUGUCUGCUAAACAUGCUAAAAAACUCCCUGUCCGUGCAGAAAAAACUUUCUUGGCACUCUGAACUCUGUAAGACUAAACUGAGUCAGGGUAGAGAUUGGUUGUUGGAUUUUUUCACAUGUUUUAUAUGAAUAAACUGAAUGGACUGCAUACAUUUGAAAAUCAAUAUCAGUGUGCUUUAACAGAGUAUUAAAUGCUGGUUUCAACAGAAGUGUUAACAAUGUCUUUUGUAAAUAUUUUUGCAAUAUAAAUGACGGCUCUAAAUAAUCUUACAAUGCCUUGAAAUAAACAGCAAAAUGUAUAGGUGGUUACAGAAGGCCUAUAUACAGUAUGUUUCA